GGUUAGCGUUUUCCUGAACCCGCACGCACGCACGAGAGUGAUCGUCCGUGGUAUGCCGAGCGCGUGUUGCCGGUGUUUGGCAGCCCGGUGUGCCCGCAAUCACUUGUGUGCGCUGUUAGCCCAAGCUGGUGCUCGUAACGAGCCCGCCACGAUAACCCUGGACACCGAGGAGGACCAUUUGACCCGAUCAUGAGCUCCCUUCUGGUUGGAGUUCACGUGAUUGGGGAAGCUGACAUAAAUCAAUCUAACCAGAAAAGCGAUGUCCUGGGUGUGAUUAGGUUGCCCGACGUGAACGUGAAUCUCAAAGAUGUAAGGGAACUUAUGGGCCAUGAGCUACCAACAUUCCACCGCGACUUUCUGUUCCUGACUCAAGAAAGGAUUCCCGUGUUGAAGCAUCAAGAAGAGCACAUAAACGCCGUCGAUGUUUUGAAGGGUACCAACGCUCUGUUUAUUACGAGGAACUUUGAUCGAUGGCGGAUCGGAAUUAAGAAAGCUGGCGGGUCUGUUAUUGGCUUUGUCUUUGCUGAUCGGAACCUCAGUGUAACAGAUCUGCGUUCCGAGAUAAACGAACAGCUUCUAGAUGGAGAGUUCGCCUUCUGCGACAGGAAUGGCUGGCCUGUGCUCAGUAACCAGGAGCCGGUGCUCUUUGCUUGGGAUGUGAUUUGUCAAGGCGUCGUAACAAUUCAGCUGCCACAGAACAAGGUCACCACGCCACUUCACUUACGGGGCAAGGACUGUAGAAAGCGCAAGAAGCACAGUACUGGCUUCACAAUACAGGAGGUCUCAAAGAAGGACAUUGUGAUAAGUUACGCACGUAGCGAAGCUGAUGAACAUGCGAGGAAGCUCAAAGCGCAGCUGGAGGUUUUGGGAGCGCAAGUUUUUUUGGACCAAGAUGACAUUGUACCCGGUGAUGACUGGCAGAACAAACUGAAUGACGCCAUUCAGAACUGUACAAUAUUUGUUCCCUUGGUUACUGCGAGAUAUGGAAACACCACGUAUACCAACAAAGAGGUGAAGCUUGCUGACUACAUUGGCAAAUUUGUCAUUCCUGUGAACUUCAUGAAGUCUUGGCCUCCUAACCAUCUUGCCAUUCAGUUUGCUUCUAUACAGUACAUUGACUGGAGGAAAGCACACGAGGUGCAACAAGGUGCACGUGAAAGCGACAAUGAAGAAGAAGAAGGCGUUCGAACUUGGGAGAGCCGCUCUGUAGAGCGUGUUGCCAAUGAUAUCUACAGCAUCCUGAGGCAGUGCAAGGAGCAAGUGGCGUUCAGUACUGCGGUAAAUCCACGGGCCCUCAUUGCACAAGCAGAUAGCGCCACGCCAUUACUUUGCCCAGAUCGUCGGCCUUUCAUCGUGAUUAGUGCUCACCCCCAGGACAAAGACUUUUGUUGUCGGCUGCAGUGUCUCCUUGAGCGCAACUGUUACGAGGCCUGGUGCUCGUUGGAUAGCCUGGGAACGCCUUCGGGCCCGUCGGGCGCCGGUGGUGCGUCCAGUCCCAGCAGCGGGGGCACCAUCACACCCAGCACGCCCCUGCCCUCUUCCGUGCCAGCGUUCGGAUCCCAGGACAGUCGAGGCACAUCAGAUUCACAAAGCAUGGGGCACGGGCAACCACGGCCGCCUCCAUUGCUUCGAAUUCCAUCCUUCCAGUUUUCUUGCAGUAUGGACACUGUUGGCAAUGACAGCAUGUCAAACAAGGAAAGCAAUCGGAAGUAUGAGUUUCGGAAGCAGGUGUUGCGGGCAGAAGUGGUUAUUAUUGUUCUCUCGGAAAGCUAUCUGGAAUCCAAGGCAUCUCAACAGCAGGCUUGCUACUGUCUUUUGCGAAAAAAAGUGGUAGUUGUGGGCUGCACCGAAAAAGAAGUGCCUAUAUCAAUCCAGAAACGCUUGCAAUUUGCAACUAUCGUGAACAAACAGGAAUUGGACGACUGGGAGUGCCAGUUGCUUGAAAGGAUUGGCAGACUCUUGAAGCAACCUGAAAAACCAGUUUUUGAUGCAAGUUUAGAAGAAACAACAUAUUUGGAGAAGAAGCUGCUGACAGAGCUGCCACAGUUGGACUACAGAGUCUACGUCACUGGUGGAACACAUCUGUCUUGCAAACGUUCUGAGAGCAUCUGCUGUGCCAUUGGACAGGAACUUGCCUCACUGAAGUUUGUCAGCCUCUGUACGAGUGGUUUUUUCGGUGUUGAAGAACAAGUGGCAAGGAGCUUUUGUGAAGAGCGAUCCUUGACGGAGAAACCCUUUCAUAGGGUCUUUCAUGUUGUGCCCGAGAGAGACAAGAAGGACUGGAGCAAGAAAGCUUACCAGAGACCUGACGGCACAUUCGGUGGCAUCACUCAUGGCCAAGUGAAAGUCGUGGGGAGCUCCAUGGCCGAGAGGGAUGCUGUGAUUGCCCGUGUGUUUGAUGUCUGCAUUCUGAUAGAAGGUGGUCUUAACACAGCGAGAAGAGUAGCCGAGUUUGUGUGGAAUGACAAACCAGUGAUCCCAAUUGUGUGCACUGGAAGAGCUGCUGCUGGCAAUUUCAACCCCGGUGUUGGUGUUGACACUAAUGCAUUGAAUGCGAUAUGGGAGAAUCCUCCUCCUGGUGUGGACUGCAACACAUGGGCUGUCCUGAAGAACAGUUGCUCAACGGCCGAAGACAUCGGAAAAGCAGUGAAAAAAAUCGUUAUCAACCUUCAUCGUCACCUAAAAGCCAAAAAACGGCCAACUGAACUUCCGGAGGUUUUGCGAAAAGUCAGUAGGCCCAGCUAGCACGUGUCUUGGUAGUAGCACUUAACAGGGACCACCUACAAAAAGCUUGAGAGUAAUUUACAUCCCAAUUUUUUAGCAAAAUAUCCUUUGUAGGUGCCUUGUUGUUACAAACCAAUGAGAGGUGCGCAGCACUUAGUGAUUGUGUAACUUGUUGCAAAAUAGUUUGUGCAGAUGCAUUUGAUGAUCACAAACUUGUGUUGUUAUUCGUAAGUGAUUUUUUAUGAUCCUAGUGGUGUGUAAUGGAUUAGUGUCAUGAAGAGCAAAGGUAGAUGCAGUUCACGUGUAUUAUAUGCAGGACACUGUGUGAAACAUUUCUGCCUGAAAACUGAAUGUGCUCAUUCAGUUGACCUGCGUGCCCAUGCCGGUUUUUUUGUUAUGGCAUCUUCAUAUCUGUUGUUUUUCACGAUUUUAUUAUUUUGUCAUCUUUUUGUUGUUUUACAUGUUUGCAUACACAUCACUCAGUUUCACGAGUUGUAACCAAAGUGUUUUACACCACUAUUAUUUCUACCUCUUCUCUUUGGAGGGCAUUCCUUUUCCUUGUUAUGUUGAGCCUGCUUUUAUAUGUUUUUAUCCUGCUCAUCAAACUUUAUAAUUUUAUUCAUGUUGAGCGUGUUUUACACUGUGAAAGAUUUUCUUCGAAUGUUUUUAUCACCAAUUGUGUUUUAAUUCUCUCCCAUAUUUUUAAACGAAGGCAAGCUAAUAAUAGAAAUGAUGCCGGAGGGUACCACAAAACAGCUGGUGUCAGAACUCGCGCACCCAGGUUGGUUGGUUGGUUGGUUCCUUGGGGGAAUAGCCCAACCCACUACGGGGGAUCGGCCACGACGAUUGAUUCCCCCGUGUCCUUGUCGUCCUUGUUUCAAAUUUCGAAGUCUAUGCUUUUGCGUACUGCAAGCGCUGGACGCGAUUUUGGCGGAAACACGUCAUGGCCGCCAUAUUCUAAUCACAUCUACAACAAGGCGUAAAUUAGCCACUAAGUGGUGGCUAUGUUGGCAACACUGUACCGAAUUGGCGACCGGUAACAGUUUUCGUAAGUUUUCGGGACGGGAUUUGUGUUGAUUGUGCACCCUUCCUCGAAACCCGGGAGUGUGGUUUUAUUGCGUUUCGACGUUGUUAUCGCGGCGCUCGAUGAUUGUGAUUUGAGAGUGGUUUGUUGUACAGUUUGUUUUCGCCUCUGUGAUCAAGACUUUCGUGUGCCGUC